AUGGCAAUUGUAAUACAACCAGCCUAUUUCCUCAGAGAAAGCACAAGACGAAGUUCCAUGAUCAAGAAUCGUACACUUCCAACACUGGGCAUCCUCGAUGACACAAGUGACUGGGAUGUUGCAGUAGGCAUAGUAGACAUGAGGCAAUACCCUGAAGUCAUUGCUAGAACUAGUUUUAGACCUGAUCUGGUCCUCUAUUCUGAAAGCACAAGAACAAUAGUGGCAAUAGAGUUGACUGUGCCCUAUAAGACAAGAAUGAGCGAAAGUCAUGAAUACAAGUUAGCAAAUUAUGAAAAGUCCAUGAAAGUAAUCCAAGACAAGGGGUAUAUUACAAGACUGUUCGCUGUAGAAUUAGGAGCAAGAGGUAUGACAGGUUCAUUAUUAUACAGCCUACUGAAACAUAUUGGUCUGUCAAGUCAGAGAAAAUCCAAGUAUCUGAAAGAACUGGCAAAAACAGAAGGAGGCAUGCUGGAUAUUGGCAAAGAGGAAUGA